AAAAAAGUUGUCUUUCAUUCUCAAGUUAUGUGGAAAGCAAACAAACAGCAGUACGUGAAGCAGCACUGAUUUAUUCAUGCUUAAUUAACACUUUGAGCCAAAGUUUGACCGUCAACAUCUCAAACCAUCAUGAUAUCGUCGGAUGUCGAGCCGGGCCAAGGGGAGAAGAGCGCCCGCCCCCUCUCGCUGUCUGGUCACGUGGGGUUCGACGGUCUCCCCCAUCAGCUGGUCAACAAGUCAACAUGCCAGGGGUUCUGCUUCAACAUCCUCUGCAUCGGAGAGACGGGCAUCGGUAAAUCCACCCUGAUGAACACGCUCUUCAACACUAACUUCGAGAGUGCCGAGUCGUCCCAUUUCGAGCCCAAGGUGAAGCUCUCGGCCAAGACGUACGACCUCCAAGAAGGCAACGUGAGGCUGAAGCUCACCAUCGUCAACACCGUGGGAUUCGGCGACCAGAUGAACAAGCAGCAAAGCUACCAGCACAUCGUGGACUACAUCGACACGCAGUUCGAGUCUUACCUGCAGGAGGAGCUGAAGAUAAAGCGCUCGCUGCACAACUACCACGAUUCCCGCAUCCACGCCUGCCUGUACUUCAUAGCCCCGUCCGGCCACUCCCUGAAGUCCCUGGACCUAGUCACCAUGAAGAAGCUGGACAGCAAGGUGAACAUCAUCCCUGUCAUCGCCAAGGCGGACACCAUCUCCAAGAGCGAGCUGCACAAGUUCAAGCUGAAGAUCAUGAGUGAGCUGGUCAGCAACGGCGUCCAGAUCUACCAGUUCCCCACUGACGACGAGACCGUGUCCAGCAUCAACUCCGCCAUGAACGGCAUCCUCCCGUUUGCGGUGGUGGGCAGCACAGAGGAGGUGAAGAUAGGGAACAAGAUGGUAAAGGCGCGGCAGUACCCCUGGGGCGUGGUGCAAGUGGAGAACGAGAGCCACUGCGACUUCGUGAAGCUGCGUGAGAUGCUGAUCGGGGUGAACAUGGAGGACCUGCGGGAGCAGACGCACACGCGGCACUACGAGCUCUACCGCCGCUGCAAACUGGAGGAGAUGGGCUUCAGAGACACAGACCCGGAGAGCAAGCCCGUCAGUCUCCAGGAGACGUACGAGUUCAAGCGGCAGGAGUUCCAGGGGGAGCUGCAGAAGAGGGAGGAGGAGAUGAGGCAGUCGUUCGUCCAGAGGGUGAAAGAGAAGGAGAUGGAGCUCAAGGAGAAGGAGAGAGAGCUCCAGGGGCGCUUUGAGCAGCUGAAGCGGCUCCACCAGGAGGAGAAGGGGAGGCUGGAGGAGCGGAGGCGCUCCCUGGAGGACCAGCUCAACGGCUUCAGCACCAAGAGGGCGGCGGCCGAGCUCCUGCUGCAGGGGGGGGGCUACGGGGGGGGCGGGGCCAACCUCAAGAAGGACAAGGACCGCAAGAAUUCCGGAUUCAUGUGAGGAAUGCUGCGACCGAAGCGACAAAAACAAUAAUUCCUGGAUGUUGCGACGAGCAAAAUCACCUUUAAAAAAAAAUCUUUAAUUAUUCUUUGUGUGAUUUAAAGUGUGUUUAGUAUAUCUUGCCAUAGUGUACGGCUUUAUUUAAACUAAUGUUUAACUGGGUUAAACGUUAAACCUGUGUCUGCAAUUCACUCUAUAGCCACAGGGGGGGCAAAGUAUUUUGGUAGAGAGAAGUAUUUUUGGGAUGAUGCUCAUAGUUACAUGUUCAAGGGUUUAAACUGUUUGGGUGUAAAUGUCAGAUGGCAUAUUUUGGUUUUAUGGUUUAUUUUAUUUCAUGAGAUUGGUGUGGUUGAGGUCCGGUUAAAUUAUCUGGGAGGGGUGCUAGCUAGUAUGUAGCCUAGUUGGCUAGGUACUUUGUAGCCCAGUUGGCAAUCUAGUUUUUACCAUACAACUAGUUGGUUGGCUAGUUGUACCCCACUUAGUCAAGUAAGUAAAGUUACUUAACUAGUGUGCACCCUACAGCUAGUUAGUUAGAUAGUUUGCAUCCUAGUCCGUUAGCUAUUUUGUUCCCUACAAAUAGUUAGUUAGCUAGUUUGUACCCUACAACUUUCUGGCUUAUUUUGAUCGAUCGCAGUUAGCUAGCUCCAGACUAAGCUACAUUCGCCCGUUUCCUCGGUCUAGCCAGAAGAUUCCUCCGCAGACAGCCUCUAGUCCGGCUCUUCUCACCAGUUUGCGGGCCAUGGACCAUCUUAGUUCACCUGCUGUGGUUCUCAAAGCGCGUAGCUCUCAUGGCUAGCUAAGCUGCUCAAGAACCACAACGUUUCUAUGGUGCCUUCACUACAUGACCAGUGUUUCUUAUUGACUUGUUAUUAUGUAUUAUACUUACCCCGAGUACACAGUGGGGUGAUAUUCCUCUCGUUAUAUAUAGAUAUUAUAUAUUAUGUAUGGCUUUUUCCUCAAGCUGUGUUUAUGUGUUUAUUGACCACUGUCGGCUCAUUUUUAACCGUGAUAGGUUGAAUUUGGUACAAUUCGAUUUUUUUUACGGAGAACAAUAAAAAAAAAACAUGAUUUUGCAAAA